UGAGACUGAAUUCCUCUUUGGCUGUCCAUAAACUGUGAAACAGAAGGAUGCAGAAGACUAUUCCUUGUCUUUUUGUACAUGAAUGAUAAAAGCACAAGAUCAUUAAUACAAGUUUGUUGCAAAGAUGAGUUCAGAGGAGAAGAGUAUAUCUCCAGCUCACAAAACAGCCACUCCAUCACAUAGAAGUGCCUCCUCAUCAUCAUCGUCUCAGAGAGACAGGAGGCAGAGUGUUCAUAUUUUGGAGCGGAAGGCGUCUUCGGGAAGCACAGACCCUUCUUUAAGCAAGCAGUUCCUUGAAAGCGAUCAUCUCUCUCUAUCCAAGGAACCUGACAGCUGGGAAAUCAUAGAGGGUCUGAAAAUAGGCCAGACCAAUGUCCAGAAGCCAGACAAACAUGAAGGUUUCAUGCUGAAAAAGAGAAAAUGGCCAUUAAAAGGUUGGCACAAGAGGUUUUUUGUCCUGGAUAAUGGAAUGUUGAAGUAUUCAAAGUCACCAAUAGAUAUACAGAAAGGAAAAGUCCAUGGGAGCAUUGAUGUUGGUUUAUCAGUCAUGUCUAUAAAAAAAAAGGCUCGUAGAAUAGAUCUUGACACAGAAGAACACAUCUAUCACCUGAAGGUGAAGUCACAGGAUUCAUUUGAUGCAUGGGUUUCAAAAUUACGCCACCACCGGUUGUACCGUCAGAAUGAGAUUGUGAGGUCUCCACGAGAUGCCAGCUUUCAUAUAUUCCCUUCAGCAUCUACUACAGAGUCUUCACCAGCUGCUAAUGUGUCAGAUGGAAAGGUGCAACAAAAUAACUACCCCUGGCAGUCUCCUAUACCUUGCAGUAACAGCCUUCCUGUCACUUGCACUACUGGUCAGAGUAAAGUAGCAGCCUGGUUACAGGACUCUGAAGAAAUGGACAGAUGUGCAGAAGAUCUUGCUCAUUGUCAGUCUAACCUUGUGGAACUCAGUAAACUUCUUCAAAAUUUAGAAAUACUACAGAGAACUCAGUCAGCACCAAAUUUCACAGACAUGCAGGCUAACUGUGUAGAUAUUUCAAAGAAAGACAAGCGGGUCACGAGACGAUGGAGAACAAAAAGUGUCAGCAAAGAUGCAAAAAUUCAACUUCAGGAAGGGCCGGCACCGAAGGGCCAGUUCAGCACAACACGACGCCGGCAGAGACUGGCAGCUGCAGUGGCUACAACAGUCCCUUUCAGUGCUACAAUGUCACCCAUUCGAUUGCAUUCAUCCAAUCCCAACCUUUGUGCAGACAUUGAGUUUCAGGCUCCCCCAAGCCAUGUAACAGACCCUCUGGAGUGCUCUGCUGAGUACAUGAAGCUUCAAGAAGAAUUCUGCUUGAUGGCACAAAAAGUGCAUUCUCUUUUGAAGUCUGCCUUUAACAGCAUAGCUAUAGAGAAGGAGAAGCUUAAGCAGAUUGUUUCUGAGCAGGAUCUUACAGGCCACAAUGCUCAAAUAGCACACCUCAGACAGUCCCUCUCUCAGGCUCUCAACCAGAAUGCUGAACUAAGGAGUCGCUUGAACAGAAUACAUUCAGAAUCUGUUAUUUGUGAUCAGGUUGUCAGUGUAAAUAUUAUCCCUAGUCCUGAUGAGCCAGGUGAACAAAUUCAUGUCAGUUUGCCACUGUCUCAGCAAGUUUCUAAUGAAAGCAGGCUCUCUAUGUCUGAAUCUGUUUCAGAGUUCUUUGAUGCACAGGAAGUGCUUUUAUCUGCCAGCUCGUCAGAAAAUGAGGCUUCUGAUGAUGAAUCUUAUAUCAGUGAUGUGAGUGACAAUAUAUCUGAGGACAACACCAGUGUUGCAGACAACAUUUCUCGGCAAAUUCUUAAUGGUGAGCUAACAGGAGGCGCAUUCAGAAAUGGACGGAGAACUUGUCUCCCAGCUCCCAGCCCUGACACCAGUAACAUCAAUCUGUGGAAUAUUUUGAGAAAUAACAUUGGCAAAGAUCUUUCCAAAGUAUCCAUGCCAGUUGAGCUAAAUGAACCUCUGAAUACCUUGCAACAUCUUUGUGAAGAGCUGGAAUACAGUGAACUCUUAGACAAGGCUGCUGAAACAGAUGAUCCUUAUGAACGCAUGGUUCUCAUAGCUGCUUUUGCAGCGUCAGGCUAUGCCUCUACCUACUUUAGAGCAGGAAGCAAGCCAUUUAACCCUGUGCUUGGAGAAACUUAUGAAUGUAUUAGAGAAGACAAAGGAUUUAGAUUUUUCUCAGAGCAGGUUAGCCACCAUCCUCCAAUUUCAGCCUGUCACUGUGAAUCAAAGAACUUCGUGUUUUGGCAAGAUAUCAGGUGGAAAAACAAAUUCUGGGGGAAAUCAAUGGAAAUUCUGCCAGUUGGAACCUUGAAUGUGACUCUUCCAAAGUACGGAGACUACUAUGUCUGGAACAAAGUCACUACUUGCAUACAUAAUAUUCUUAGUGGAAGGAGAUGGAUAGAGCACUAUGGAGAGAUAACUAUCAGAAACACAAAAAGCAGUAUUUGUAUUUGUAAACUCACAUUUGUCAAGGUGAACUACUGGAAUUCAAAUGUAAAUGAGGUCCAGGGUGUUGUGAUAGAUCAAGAAGGGAAAGUGGUUCAUCGUCUCUUUGGAAAGUGGCAUGAAGGCCUUUACUGUGGAGUUGCACCUUCAGCCAAAUGCAUAUGGAGGCCAGGCUCGAUGCCAACCAAUUAUGAACGUUAUUAUGGCUUCACAAGAUUUGCUAUUGAGCUAAAUGAAUUAGAUCCCUUAUUGAAAGAUCUUCUUCCUGCAACAGAUGCCCGCUUCAGGCCAGAUCAAAGGCUUCUGGAGGAAGGAAAUAUAGAAGCAGCAGCAUCUGAGAAACAAAGAAUAGAGGAACUUCAGAGAGCUCGGAGGCGGUACAUGGAAGAAAAUGGCAUCGAAUAUGUACCCAAAUUUUUUAAAAAAGUUAUCGAUGCUAAUCAAAGAGAAGCCUGGGUCACCAAUGAAACCUACUGGGAACUGCGAAAGGAUCCUGGCUUUAGUAAAGUAGACAUUCCCGUACUCUGGUAAACUGAGAAUGUAGAUCUAGUAAACAUAUCACUCUGAAGAAAAAAAAAAUAACUAUGCACAAUAUGUUUCUUAUAGCUAAGCGUGGUUUGUGGGUCUACGGAAAAAAAGUAUCAUACACAUUUAUAUUCAUCUUUAUAAUGGACUUCUGAAAGUGCAUUAGACCAGGCCCCUGACCACUUCUGGAUCUUUUUAAUUUUGCAGCAGCCAUUUAAAAAGAAAAAAAAAAAGGAACAAAAACCUUUUAAAGUUUCAUACGCUGAAAAUUCAGAACAAAAGAAGCAGAUGAGUUAUCCAAAGUCACUCAGAAGAGGUGGUAAGCGCAAGACUGCAAUCGGUGCUUUAAACAGACAUUAAGAGUAAUACACUUUAAAUUAAAAAAAAAAAAAGGAAGAAAAAGAGAAAAACAUCCAUUUUGUUUCAACUAUUUUUGUUAAAAACUCUUGAGUCACAACACUGACAUUUCUGGCUUCAGGUUAGUCCUUUGAUGUGAUGUGCUUGGACUGGCCUUUGUCAAAAAGAUAUGCUUUUCUGGAAGCUGUUCCCAUUCAUAUGCCAUUGUUCAUGCCUUAACAAAAUAUGAAGAUGUACAGUAAGUAAUUUUAAAAUAUCUAUGCUUAGGCUUAUGUGAAGGGCAGAUUUUUAAAGCAUUAGAAUUUUAUCAUAAUAAAAAUAUUGGACGAGCUGCAUUAUUUAAAAUCAAAAGACAACCAAACAUCUAAAUGUAUUUCAGAGGAAUGAGAUCUACUGUACAUGCUUUAGCUUUGGGAUGCUGACUGUAUAAUCAGACUUAAAAGAAACUCAUAGCUGGUUGAAUUUGAGACAAUUUUGCUAAAUUCAUAUGAAUUGCUAGUCAGAAACUUUGUAUUCUAAAAUGACUGAUGCUGAGAUGCAGUCAUCACUUUUAGCACUGGCUGGACAUAGACGUCACAGUUAAUCUCAUUUUCCCAUAACUGUUUACACAAUUAGAAAUCCCUGAAGCUUUGCAACAGUGUUAAAAGCACAGGAGGAUUUCAUGGGAAGGUCUCUGGCUUCUCUCCAGAAGCUGGAUAGUACUGUAAAUGCAACUGUUUUCUGCUACACACACUGUUUACUUUCCUGGCUCUGUUUUUCCCCAUCCACUUUUCUUAUCUAAAUUUAUAUUUGAGCGUAUGGCAGAGGCUUCCAAGUGUUGUAGCUAACAACUAGUACUUGUUUUGCCAAAAUAGCUUUUGUGCAAAAUUAUACUUUACAUUCUUCCAUAAAGUGGUUCUAUAUUUUUUAAGAACCAAGUCUCUUACAUGUUGCUAAGAUUCAGUUAAUACAAGUGGGAGAAGGCUUGGCACUUUCUAUUUGAAAAUCUCUGAAUGUUAAAAGUAGGAGGGCAGAUUUUAAUAGAAGGAAAAAUUUAUUAGAUAAAAACUAUGUUCCAUAUAGUAUGAUCUAGUCUUCCAUUUAUACAUGUAUUAUAUAUCCUGCCAUCGAUGAUAGGUUAGAUUUCAUGCAUACACAGUGUAUUUCUUUCUGCCCAUACACAGCAUACCUAGUGCACACAGAUUUUUCUAUUUAAGGUUGAUUCCAGUACUGAGACCUAAAAUAAAAUUACUAGAUAAGUAUGUGAUCCUGCCAGCAGAGCUGCUUGAUCACCGUGGAUCACCACACAUGCCCAGCUCUCAGCAUGCUUCUUCAUUUUGCAAGGUCAGCUCCCUAUAGAACUCAGAUUACUUUGGUUGUUUAAUUUAGUUCUCCCUGUUGAUUAUAUGACAAAAUAACUAGCAGGGCAACUAGCUACUGAUCAGUUCCAAUGUCUUCAUGCAGUUCUGUUAACGGGAAGAAUUAUGAAAACCUAAAGAAAAUAUUGAGUAGGCUUUUUAAGAAUUGUGAAUGCUGAUGAAUUGUUUAUCAAUAUUUGGUAUAAAAAAAGCUAUGUGUAGAUGAAUAGGACUUCUUCCAAAGAAAACUUUAAAUUAUUCAAAGAAUGCUAUCUUUUUCUUUCCUAGUUGAACCUAGUCUGAUUUAUUCAUUUUUUUUAUUUCUGCAAUUGUUAUUAUAAGAAAAUGAAAAUAUAUCAAAGUUUGUUUUUUUAAGUAAUAUUUGGUUAACUUCAUCCUACUUGCUUUAAUAACAUUAUUAUGAAUCAAAUUUGCACAUUGUGCCCAGAAUAGCAAUUAAUUAUUCUGUGUUGCUUUCUUUAAAACCAACUCUAUUAAACUCUUGUCCACCUCUUGCUCCAGUCUUUGUGUGCAGUUCACUGUGAUAAUAGGAAGCAUUAUGUGUGUAUGACUGCAAGUACAUUUGAGGGACAGAACUGCAUGUCCUCAAAUUUUUAAUUUAAAUACAGAAAGAAGGUCAUUAGUUUAACAGUGUUCUGGUAGUGCUUUGUGAAUGGCAUUAUUUGCAAUGCAGACUGAAACUUGGUGAACAGUGGAGAUACUAUCACUGAAUUAUUUUUUACAUUUGGCAUGCCAUCUCAUCCUCCUGAUUUAAUGUCACCUGUGAACUAGAUAUGUAGCCUUGUGUCCUUGUCUGGGUCACUAGUGAGAUGUUGAUUGACAUGGGCCACAAAAUUGAUCCCUGCAGGGCCAUCCUUGUUGCUGGCUGCCAGCGGUGCAUAAAACAUUGAGUGCCCUUCAAGCCUGGGCAUUUAGACAGUUUUCAGCCCAUAUCUCUUCAUUCAUCCAGGCAGUAUUUCCUUUUGGAAGGCAUGAAAAAUACUAUCCAACUCAGUAGAUUUCAUUGCUAUAGGUUUGGUAGGUGAUGAAAAUCUGUGUAAUCAUUUGGCAUUUGAAACCUUUUAAGCAAUUUAAGACAUACUAACUUUCACUUCAAAGACAUAUCCUUUACUUUUUUCCCUGUGUUUUCUCAAAACACUUAUUUCUGUACAAAAUACACAACUUUUAUGCUUUUAUUUCAUGAUAAUGAGUUGUACUUUCAAUUAAUAUUUUAAAAGUGUACCCUAAUUUCCUCCCUGUUCUGGAACUGUGGAUAUGAUUGGUAAUAAUAGCUAUUUUCGUUGAAUGUAAUGUCUCACAAAGACUUAAAUAGCUUCAUUCUUAUUUUAGAUCAGUAUUAACAAGGUGGUAGAUUUUUCGGCAUAUUGAAAUUGUUAUCUCACUGGGAGAGACUAUUUGAAUAUGAGUUGAUUUUCAUACAGUAUCACUGUGACUAAAAAGUCAUCUAGAUACCCAUUCUAAUUUUAGACAGAUGUAAGUUGCAUGAAAUAAACUUUUUUAUAUUUAGCUUUAAAAGUGCAAUUCCCACUAUAGUAUCUUUUCAUCUCACAAAUAACAAUACCCUUUUUUUUUUCCUCAGUUUGAACUUCUGACUCCAAAUGAUGUUGUAUGGCAUCUGUGGGUUUUAUUUGAAUAGCACAUGCCAGGAAUAUAUCAAGUAUUACAGUGCAUAUACAUGGUACAGUUUUGAAAGAUAUUUUCCUUAAUUCCCUACUGAGCGCUGUCGGCGUUUUAUGGAAGCAAAUUACACAAACUUUAGGGCACACUAGGAGCCAGUGGUGGUUCUGCCCUCAUGGGCACCUGGUGAGGAGUUUGCAUUUGGGCUGUGUCCAUGUUCUCUGUUUGCAAUGGAGGUCACAUAAUUUUCUCACCUCUCACCAGUGGAGCCCAGCACAAAGCCAGUCUUGCAUUGAGUUUGUCUCAAAAAAUCUGAAUUUUCAGAAAUACCCUAAAGGAAGGGAACGGAGGUUCAUUUGCAAUUGCACAAUAACCAGGAGGGCUGAAUGUACCAAUUCUCUUUAUUUUGCUAAAGUUGCUUUCACUGGCAGAGCUAUUUUAGUAUAGGGAAGAUUUGUGUGGUCUCUUUGUUUUACAGAAUUUUAAACAUUGUCUGGUGCAACAAUAAACAGUAGCUAUUUAACAUGCCAUUGACUGCAGUUGUAAUCUGAGGAAUUAGUACUUUUAGAUGUCAUUACUAAUAAUAGAAGUGCAUAAUGAAAGUAAGAGACUUUUUCAGAUUAAAUCCACCUGGAAGGAAAGUGUAUUUGUAUUCAUAUGCUAAAAUUACGGUAGGGGUUAAGUUAGAGAGUUUGGCUCACCUGGUGGAAUAAGAUUAACAUUGACAAAAUUGUGUAAGAAACACUGGAAUGGCUUUACUGGUAACCGUGUGUUAUACACAGACCUGGGAGAAAGCUAGCAAAUUUUACUAUGUCAUAACUGCUUACCUUGGCAGCUACUGGGGUGAAAAAUACUAUCUUGUUUUUUUCUUUCUGUCAUUAAGUAUUAGUCAUCAAAACUGUAUAAAACUUGAAUUUCCUCUUUAGUAAACGUAUUGAUAGAAGUUGAGAUAUAUUUAGUAUAAAAAGUAGUAUAAUUUUCUACUUUACCAUGCAUGGUUACUUUUAUGAUAAUUCUGAUAACUCUCAGUAUUUUCAUUAAGAAAGGUCUUUUUUUCUUAUUCUUUUUUUUCUUUUCUUUUUUUUUUUUUUAACAGAAGAAUCUAUACUAAGUACGUUAAUAAAGGUUUAAUUAGAACAGUGACUGGAACCUAGGAGAAUGUUGCAAAUCUGAGUAAAGUCAGAGAAAUGGCUUAUUUACAGCAAUUUACUUUAUUUUUGUAUUAUAUAUUGUAAGGAGUCUACUUACAAAAGCAAAUGCAUUAUUUGCUUUUUAAACUAGGGUAUGUAAAGUAUUUUCAUUCAUUGGCUUGGUGUAAACUAUGUAUUUCUUUCACUAAACUAAAAAGCCUCUUUAUAAGAGGACUUUUUUAUGGUCUCUUGCAAGUUUAAAAAGUGAUAUUGUUGUACUUGUGUUUUAUAUACCAACCUUCUCCUUUGUCAAAUUUUGUGGCAUUAUAAACCCCUCAUAUCUUUGAUUUUUUUUUUUUACCUUCCUUACAAUCUUUGACAAACCUCAGAAAAGAAAGGGAAGAGACGACAAUGGAGAAUGGUGAAACUAGUCACAGAAGCUGUCCAUGUGAGAUGUAAAAAAAUGGAAAGUUUUCUUACUUCUACAAAUUAAAAUGUCAUCAGAGCUGUUGAAUCCAUUUCAGGCAGGUUAUCUUAAUACCAUUUUUCUUUCCACUGAUCCAUGACAGCAUGAAAAAAGGGAAGAUUGGUGAUAUUUGCUCAGAAUUAAUGUGAAGUUGAAGGGAAGUUCUUAUUCCUUUUAUAAAUAAAAAAUGACUGUAGCCAGCAUUUGGCUGAAGGUGUCUUGGUAGUGUGGACAAAGAGAGUUACAUAUUUUAUAAAUAAGGAAACCAUAAAGUCUGAAUAUAUAAUCAACAGUUUGUAAUAUAGUCUUUCUGACCUAUGAAUAAUUCAUUUAAGUAUGGUAAAGCUACUUAUUGGUACUCCUGGAGCAACGAUUCAAAUGUCUCCUGUGAAACACUAAAACAUAUUUCCAUGUUAACUGCUACUUUUAAUGGUCUGCAUUGAUGAAAGAGGGAUAUCUUACACCAGUGUAUAAUGUUGCUGGCCCAGAACAUUAGGCAUGCAAAAUGGGAAGAGGUGAGGAAAUCCCUUCAAAAACUCAGAAGUGGGUAACUUAUCUGAGUAUCAAAAUGAUGUGCUAUACAAGAGCAGUGCACACACUGGGAAAUAUUCAACCAAAACUAUUGUUCUUCACUGAGAUACUUACUCCUUGUGCCAGUUGGUGCAGCCACACAUGCAAUGUCUUUUUCUGAAGUAGCAUCACUUCCUAGGAUUGCGCUUGUGUCCCAGUGAUUGAUUUGUCAGGUCCAGCAAGAACAAUCAGUGUUAGAGUCAGGACUGCAAACUCAGAUUUCUUGUCUAUUAGUCCUGUGCUGAAUGUUCUUUCUUUCUUUGUUAAAUUCACCUGAACAAGGAAUAUUAGGGUAACAUUAACAUAGUUAAUGCAAGGUUAAUCCUCAGUAUUUUCCAGGCAAAAGAAAAUUCAGGAUAGCUCAUUUAACUGUGUGGAAGAACCACAGGUGACAUCUUCUAUUAUCCUUGUAUUUGCUUAAUAUUUUAUAAAAUAUUUUGAGAGUGGAUCACAAUAAAUAUAUUAAAAUCACUUUGUCACCUGUCUUGAAAUCAACUGUGAAAAUUGUCACUACAAUUCAAAGUUAGAAAAUAGGUCUAUUUGGUUCUCAAAAUAAGUGUUACUGAUAUUCUUAAGUGGUUGAGAUAUAGUAUAACAAAUUCAGAUCACAGUAAAUUUUAUUGUCAGAUAAGUCUCACAGAAGACCUGACUGAGCAGAAAAAUAAGUGCCGAUGAGUGUAUUUUGGUAUGCAGGCAUAAAUGCAAAAUGACAACUUCUACCUUAGUCAAGCUUUCACUCUAAUUAGCAAAGACACUGGUUUUGUUCUUUUGUAAUUAUUUCUGAACUAAUUGUUCUUUCCUCACUGAGAAUCAAUCACAUGUGAAGUUUGAGUUUUAAAAAUUAAAUCACGUUUGGAACUCUGCAGACAUAAAGAGUGGUGCUUCUGUCUUGCACCUAAUGCUCAUGUCUUGCUAAAUCUCCAGCUCGCAGGGUGGACUAGUAAAAUUUCAUCCUUGGACCAAAAAGAAAUAUUUUCCAGUGGGAUUCUUCCUUGUAUAUUGAUUUGUGUCUAAGUUACUUACUAUAAAAUAAGUAAGAAAUCAAGCUGCUACUGUCUGAUAUCUGAGGUAAUUUUCUUCCUCAAAAUGCAUAGCAAACUACUUGUUCUUCAUCUCUUACUGCUAGAUUGUCUGAAGAGGAUACUUUUAUUUAGUAUGUAAAAAGCCAUCAUAAAAUUAAACUACUGUGGUAUCCAGAGAGAUUAUUAUGAUAGUUCUAUGUUAGGAUAUUAGCUAUAUUUUCUUUGUUGUAACCAGUAGCAAGACUCUUCUCUGGGUCUUUAUCUACAUUUCUCUGUAUAAUUAACUCUUUAGUGAUUUGUGAUUUCUUAGUACUUCAGUAGCAAAGAAUUUUGUAUUUUCUCUCACUUUUCAACAAAGUUCCUAUAAAUUUGGAAUAAUGUCACACUUUUUUGGUGUGAUUGGAUCCCAUGCGCACGUCUAUGAAAUGUAGUAAACGUUAGCAUUUUUUACCUUGCUCAGAUUAUGAGAAUGCCAUUAGAAGAGUAAGGUUUAUAUUAGUUGUCAUUUUUACAUUGCCUUACUGAGCUUCUUUGCUUUUAACAGCCUUUCAGAUGGGAAACAGCCCUGUGCCAAUUCUUCAGCAGGCCAAAAUGUCAGAAUCUAAAUAGCUAGAAGACCAUUCUUUGCUGAUUGCCCAUGUCUCUGUGCUCAUUCUGAAAAAAAUCCCAAAUCUGUUGAUUCCUUGUAUCCCUCUUCACAUAGUGUACUUGUAAAAGGAGAUUCUCAAAGUCUUUCCACUGUGGUUAUGCUAUUAUGUCAGCAAGAAAGGCAUACAGAAACUUGCUUUGUGGUUUUAAGAUGAAUUUAAAGGCAAAUAGUUGCUUUCUAGAAGCAUAACAUAUAGAACCAGUGCUACUUUUCAGUACUGGGUAGACAGUAUCUGUUUUAGAGGGAAAUAACAGACUGUAAAGAGAAAGGGUCUGAGUUUUAGAUGCACCAGAUAAAAUUUUUUCUGUUGUUUGAAAGCAAUAGAAAAGGGUUACUUAAGGGAAAGAAAGACAUUGAGAAGUAUUUAUGUACCCAGCCACCCAAAUGUUGCAGAAGGCAUUAUUUUUGAGCACUGUAAUACUAAGCCUCACCUGCAGCACCCUUAAUUUUAUGCUCAAAAGUUCGCUGUGGGCUUACAUAAUGAGAUGAAGAAGAAUAGGAUACGGGGGAAAAAAAAUCAGUACCAUGAUUUCUAAAUAGUCAAUAGAAUAUUGAUUUGCAAAUAUUUGUAGUAAAAGUUAUAUAAUCUACUUAUAGUAUCGCAAUUUUCAAAAGCAUAAAUUUAGUCCUUCAUAGUGCAUUCAGUAGUUUAACAUUAAAAAAUAUUGUUGAUUGAUCUUGAUUGAUUUCUUGCAAAUGCAUUCAUCCGUGCUUGACUAUUCACAAGUUUGGGACGUCUUCAGGAUGAUUCUUCUUUACAUCCCAUCUUAUUAUUCUGAUUCCAGAUAUGGGCUGUAAUUGUGCCUGUGAAAACCAUUUUUUUGCUUAUGGUUACUAUGCAUCAGUAGCUGAGGAAUAAUACAGAAAGAAUAUUAUUUGCAUAUUCCAAAUCUAUAGACUUAUUUCAGUGUAAGAGUUAAUCAGCAGUGCACAUCAGGUUUUUCCUGCUUCAUCUGCUUGGCCUCUGAUGUUGCACAGGCAUCAAUACUUACUUAGUAUGAACAUUGCAGUUUAAAUCAGUUUAAAAGAUGUAGAUGCUUAAGUUCAAAUAAAAAUGCUCAACAAUGGCAUUCCUAGGAAAAAUAUAUAGCUGGUUACCUGGUUACACCAGGCUUUAUAUUAGUUGAUUUUUAGUUCCUACAUGCUUGAACAAAUGAGCACUUAGACAAGGCUUGAACUGCUGUUGGUACUCCAUUCUCCAUUGAACUCAGUGAGCUUCCAGGUGAGUGGAUGAUGUAGCUGCCCAAAUCUAUUUCAGCUGUAGGCCUAAUGUGCUGUCAAGCCUAGGUAUUCAACUAGAUGCACUUAAGCUUAAUUUUGAACAUGUGCACCGAGUUGUGAAAGAUAAAAUGUGUGAAAUUCAGUUGGUUUGACUGCUUGACACUCAGAGCAGUAUAUUUGACUUUCCUUUGACUCGCUUGCAUUUUGGAACCUUAUUCUGGAGCUUGUAGUAUUUAAAAACAAGUUAACUUCAUGCUUCUGCAAAGCUCAGUUAGGUACGACAUUUGGAAGAAAGAACAGUGCAUUAAAACCAUAACAAUUCAUCAUAUUACGUCUCACUCUGGCAAGCUUAAUUGUAAGAAUAUUUGCAGUCCCUUUUUCUGGUUUCCCUUUACUUUCCCCACGAUGGUCCCAGGCCAGAGUUGAGAGCUGCUAGUACUGUAUGCCAGUCAAAAAAAGGAGUCUGAUCUUUCUGAUUUAUGGAAAAGGGGGUGGCUGACUAAGAGCACACUUCUAAUCUCAGCCCAGAAAAGCAUGAAUGUGAGAAAGUGCCUCUUCCGUCUAGGCUUUAGCACAUAAACAGAAUUGCUUUUUUUGGUAUAUUGAGUUCUCUGGCUACUUCCAAGAUUGAACGUAGCCAGAAAGAAACAGUUAAAAUAACAGUUUUGAGUUUCCAGCUGCAACACUUUCUGUGUGUCUUUGCACUUAUAUGUUGGUUUUGAACGUACUGUUGUAGUAAUCCAGAGAGCAGAAGAGGCCUCACACUGACUACCUCUCAUGCAAUACAAACCAAGCUCAUUCAAUAUUUAAUGUUGACUACAGUCAAGCAUCCUUUGGCCACAUGAUUCAGGGAGGUGGUAGUGGGGGGGGAAAUAGUAAACAAAAAGUAAUAAUUAAGACUUUAUUCCAGUGAUAUAUGCGGUAUACACAAUACCUGUAAUACCAAGUCCAGCUGAAGGAGGUCCUACCUCUUCUGGUAGGAAAUAAAAAAUGAACUUGGCUAUGCUAUAGUUUUUGUUGUGCUCUAAAAUGUAACGAAAGAUGUCAUCUGUUUCCUUUAGGGUAAGUCAGAUUUACCAGGAUAUUAUGUCCAAAACACACACACAAUUUUAGUUUUUGAGGAAACAUGAUGCUCUUUUACCUGUUGCAAUGUAAUUGGAUAAUGCAUGUACAAAUGACUUGUGUAGCCUGCCAAUGAAUGUUGCUAAUGCCUUACCAAAAAAAAAAAAAAGAUAAAGCAUAUUUUUUGUAUUUUUUUUCCUCAGAGGCAAAUCCAAACAAUGCUAGAUUUGGGAAACUGUUUACUGAAAAGCAUUUUCUAAUAGAUCUCUGAAGAAGUGCAAUUGUAUAAUUAUUAUUGUUCAGUGCAUACAGUACAUUGUCUCCAUCACUCUGUACACUGCUGCUAUUAGUGCUUGUUCUAAUAAAUCUCAAUGUACACUGUUUAAA